AUUUAUUAGAACGGGCAUGGUGACACUUCUUGGUCUCUGUUCCAGCAUGGGACUCUUGUCCAGAAUAUCUCCCACACCGGCUAGCUGUGUCAUGAUAUUGUUUCUAGUGAAACAGGCCAAAGGAUCUCUGCUGGAAAAAACCACUGCUGAAUGGAACAAAUAUAAACAAGAAUGCUUGAAAAUGCUGCAAGAAUCAACUGUAGAUACAGGAAUACAUUGUAAUGGGACAUUUGAUCAGUUUGUUUGCUGGCCUUACUCACCCCCAGGAAAUGUCUCUGUUCCUUGUCCUUCAUAUUUGCCAUGGUUGGAAAAUGGAAGUGUAGGAAAUGUAUACAGAGUCUGCUUGGAUGAAGGGACUUGGCAAACAAAGGAAAACUCCACAGACAUUUGGCGUGAUAGUUCAGAAUGUUUUGAGAAAAAUAAUUUCAAAAAAAAUGUAAAAGAACAUAAAUUACUUACCACAUUACAGCUGUUGUACACUAUAGGAUAUUAUUUUUCUCUCAUCUCACUUGUAUUAGCUCUCCUUAUACUUUCUUUACUCAGAAGACUUCACUGCACAAGAAACUACAUCCAUAUGAAUUUAUUUGCAUCUUUUAUCUUGCGCGCCACAGCAGUUCUUAUAAAAGACACUGUAUACUACAAUAUUUACUCCAAAAGACCAAAUGAUGAAACUGGAUGGAUAUUAUACCUCAGUCCUGAGAUUGUAAUCAUUUGCAGGACUGCACAGUUUUUCAUGCAUUACUUUGUUGGGGCAAAUUAUUUUUGGCUAUUAGUAGAAGGAAUUUAUCUGCAUACGUUACUGAUAACUGCUGUACUUUCUGAAAGACAACUGCUACAGACAUAUAUUGUGAUAGGAUGGGUUGUUCCUAUCCUGUUUGUUGGCCCUUGGGGAAUAAGCAGAUCAAAACUGGAGAACACAGGGUGCUGGGCAACAAAUGAACACAUGGGAAUCUGGUGGAUCAUCCGAGGACCAGUGUUGUUCUCUAUUGCAGUUAACUUUGGCAUCUUCCUAAAAAUUCUCAGGAUGCUGAUUUCCAAACUAAAAGCUCAGCAAAUGAGCUUUCAUGACUACAAAUACAGAUUGGCAAGAUCUACACUUGUGCUGAUUCCAUUGUUGGGGAUCCAUGAAUUUGUAUUUACCUUCAUCACUGAUGAACAGGUGGAAGGACUUUCAAGACAUAUAAGAGUUUUCAUUCAGCUGACAAUGAGCUCAUUUCAUGGUUUUUUUGUAGCAGUUUUAUAUUGCUUUGCUAACGGAGAGGUGAAAGCAGAGCUCCAGAAGCAGUGGUCCCGCUUCCUGCUGGCAGACCCCUUUGGCUGUAAACCCUGCUUUCUUGGGGAAAACAUAAAAUACCUGAGGAAAUGUUCACAGAAACGAAAAAACCAGCACCUCGGCAGCAAACACCACUUGUGCCUGGAGGCAAGCGAGCCGUGGGGCAUGCAGCUCCAGCAGGUGCUAGUGCAGCAGAGGACAGAUCUCAGCCCAGAGCCAGGCUGUGCUCUCCCGUCUCAUCCACGGGCAAGCAUGUCAGACAGCAGCGAAGGAGAAGUCACCACUGGAGAGACAACUGAGGAAGUCUUUGAAGAAAGUGAGAUUUAGAAAGAUGUCCACUAUGACAGCACUUUCCAAAAGCCACAUAUUUUGAAAGAUCUUCUCUCACCUCCAGACUGUACAGAUCUCUGGGUUGUGCAAUGCAAGGAGGAAGCAGUUAAUAUCCCAAUUGUCCCAGUUUUCUUAAUCUGAGAAAAAUGUUGAUCUGGAUGUUGCUAACCUGUGUGGCUGGGGUAGAAGAGGUUUGCUGGAUCAAAAAAUGCUUUGAGUUGACCAGUCUGGAAGAUAACUGAUACUGAAAUAGAUGUACACAGGGGAGCAGGAUGUACUUUGGAAAUGAGUAGACUUUGGACACACACGUUGUGUCCCAGUAGCUUUAUCCAUGCUUGACUGCCAUUCUACUUACAUAAUAGAGAAAUUUUUUGUUUUUCUCUUUCAUAGGUGUGUUUCAUAAAUAGACAUAUGUGUGUAGAAGACUCUUCUCUCAGCAGACCAGAAUCAUCCCCCAUCUCAAAAAAACAGUUUCAGGCCAAACCAGACAAAUUUUGUUUAAGCAAAACAAAAGGAUUUUUAUAUAUAUUAAAAAAAAAAAAAAAAAAAAAAAAAAAAAAAAAAAACCUUGGGAAGAAACAAACUUUUGCUUGCAUUUUUGAGCAUCUUCACUUAAAGUUUAGUGCCAGAAAUGUCAUUAUGAAAUGAAAGAACAAAAUGUUUUCUUUUGAAAGUGCCCAAAUGAAAUGUUUUGAUACAAUUUUUGUUUGCUCAUUUUUGUUUUCACUAUUCUUUUGACACAAGCCACACAUUCUGAUGCAUCUGUAGCUUUGUCUUAGCUGUGGCCCAAAUGACAAAAUAGAUCAGUGAUAAGUGCUGCUUCCACUUUCCUCCCAGGGGACCCAAAAUGGAUAAUGACAUGGGAUUGUGACAGCACCAAAAGAAUAUUGUGAAAUCCUUCUUCCAGCAUUUAACAAGAACCAUGAUGAAAUUUUAAUUGUCACAUACAGCUCACCCAGAGACAUAUGAAAUUAAGUUUGUUAAUAUUCUAUGAGCCAGUUUCCAAACUUGCAAACAUGAGCCAAUUGGCAUACUGAAAGGAAAAAAGAAAAAGGCCUGCAGAUUAGUGGGCAAUAUUUAUCUGCAAUAUAAAUGCAUAUACCAGGCACACACAUGUGUAACUAUCUAGCCUGCAGCUGGUUACAUAGCAUUCGUUAUGAAUUUUUCCUGUACUUUACUGGUAAGCACUCUAUAUUAACCUAAAUGCCUGCAAAUGUAAUAAAACGUAUCCUGGGCAACUGGCUUUAC